AUGAUGACUCCAACGAUUGUCCUUGUGCUAUUGCUGCUAGGGUUCACCCAGGCCAGCAUUAUUACAUACCAGUCUGGUGGGAAGCCAAACAAACCAUUCGAGCUUUCAUUUGAUCCUGGAUUUGAAGUUAGGAGGGUUACAGUUGGUAGAAUAGAUAUCCCUCGUUGUUCUAACAUCGUUAAAGAGCAGUGUUAUGAACAAGAAGUGGAACAUGCAGCGCAUAUCAUUAUCGCGGACAAGACCCUAUACACAACAGCGCAGUUUGUUGGAAAUACAGUCCUACCUCAGACUUCCGUCAAGAUUUCUAAGUUGGAGCCAGAACCACCGGAAAACCAACCACCACCACCGCCAUCGAACAGAAUCGACAAUUCGUACUACACUUUGAAAUACGUACCCACUAAAAUGGUCCUUACAAAAACAACUCCUCCCGGCGGCACCGCGACUGAAGAAUUACUUGUAAGCGAUGGAUGUCCGGGCAAGAAACCAGCCAUAGGUUGCAUUAACAUGGUGAAGGGUAACUAUCAGCUCAGCUUGACUUUAGCCACGACACCGAAUCCGCUGAUUAUAUCACUAGAAAGUGUGGACGGUCAUAAAAAAGAAAUCACCUUCGGUGUAAACUCUGCGUCAACCUGGUUGCCGGGCUGGGUGGCAGUCAUCCUUACAAACAUGGCCACUGUAUACCUCGUCCAGUGA